UUUACUCUUCCCAACAACUUAUUUAACUCCAAUUGAAUUUUUAUAUGUAUAGAAACAAAAGCAAAUAUAGAAGAAGAAGAAGAAGAGAGGGAAGAGAAAAGGGUUCGAUGGGUGCGUCUAUAUCCAACUUAACGGAAGGAACAAAUGGGACGGCCUUGGGUCCGGGUUUAGGGGAUAUACCCGAGAGCUGCGUGGCCUGCGUCUUUACUUACUUGACUCCCCCGGAGAUUUGUAAUCUCGCCAGGCUGAAUCGAGCUUUUAGAGGGGCUGCGUCUUCGGAUUCCGUUUGGGAAAUGAAAUUACCCACCAAUUAUCAUGAUCUGCUGGAUUUAGUGCCACCCCAAAGGUCCCAGAAUUUGUCCAAAAAAUAUAUUUUUGCCCUUCUCUCUCGCCCCAUUCCUUUUGAUGAUGGAAAUAAGGAAGUAUGGCUGGACAGAGUGACUGGGAGGGUAUGCAUGGCAAUAUCUGCAAAAGGGAUGGCGAUAACCGGAAUUGAUGAUCGGAGAUAUUGGAACUGGGUUUCUACAGAAGAAUCUAGAUUCCAUAUUGUAGCGUAUUUGCAGCAAAUAUGGUGGUUUGAAGUAGAUGGAGUAGUAAAGUUUCCUCUUCCAGCUGAUAUGUAUACUCUCUCAUUCAGGCUUCACCUUGGAAGAUUUUCCAAAAGGUUGGGAAGACGGGUGUCUAGUUUCGAGCACACGCAUGGGUGGGAUAUAAAGCCUGUGAAAUUUGAGUUCUCUGCUUCUGAUGGUCAGCUAGCAUCAUGUGAGCACUAUUUGGACGAUACCGAACAAGAUUAUGAAAAUGGAAACCAUAAGCGUGGAUGUUGGAUAGACUACAAGGUAGGGGAAUUUAUCGUCAGCGCCUCAGAACCAACAACUGAAGUCCGAUUUUCCGUGAAGCAGAUAGAUUGCACACAUUCCAAAGGAGGGCUUUGUGUAGAUUCUGUAUUUAUUAUCCCCACUGACCUUAAAGAGCGUAAAGGAAGAGGGACUUUGAAAUAGCCAGAAACAUAUUGGAGUUAUUGUUAUCAUCAGUGUUCCCUGGAAAUCCCACACGAGAUUUCACGUACAGCUUAUACUUCUAAAGGCAUUUGUUGUUUUAGAGAAUUCCGUCUUAAUUGGUUUUUUGGAGUAGGUAUGUGUCCUCUAUGAUUACGUAGGCUUCACUACCAUGUAUUUGAUCCAGUUUUGUUUCUUUUUUACACCCGUGCACAUAAAAUUAAGGGAUUAUGCUUGUUGUCAUAUUGUUUUCACCAGAAGCUUUCUGUUAAAA